GUGAAAUCAACGUCGUUUUUCUUUACCACCCCUCUAUGUGGGGGGCCGGCGUUAAAAACACCGCCUCCACUUGUUUUACCGCAAUCCAAAAUAAACAUCUAGUGCGGUCAGGAUGUAAAGCGGUGUUUUCAGGGUCAAAGGGUUGCUUCUAAAAUGUGUGAAAUUAAAAAUCUCGACCGAUUGUGUCGGAUUUGCACAGAAGAGGGCGAAGGAACCAGUAUAUUCGGUGAAGAAGGAAAACGUAAUAAAUUAGAAGCGAAGAUUAAGAGCUACUUGCACAUAGAGGUUUCAAAAGAAGACCAUCUACCCAAAAUAGUUUGUUCAAACUGUACAGUCAAACUCGAUGGACACCACCAGUUUGCAUUGAUGGCUUUGAAAAUGCAAGAAAAACUGCUCGGUUUAGUAGGAAACCAGAAUAAUGAGGCUUCCUCAAGCAAUGGACAAAUAAAUGGUGAAAAUGAUGAUGAAAUAGAAGAUGAAGAAGGUGACUAUGAUGAAGAGGAUGAUGAUGGUGAAGAUGAGGAAGAAGAGGAUGAAGAAGGAAAUGAGGAAGAUGAAGAAGAAAAAGAUGGAACAGAUUAUUCAGGAAGUUUACUGCAUUCAAUUCUUACUCACGGCCGUCAGCAAAUGAACCGUGAAGGCAGUUCUUCAGGAGCAGAAGUGACAGAAGUGGAAGUCAGAAUCGACCCUAUGUUGUUCCUCUCAGGCCAGGAUGACAACAGUGAAGACAUGGACGACAGUGAACCACCACAAUCCUCCAAGGAUCAGGUGAAUGGUUCUGGAGAUACAAAGGAAGCCAAACCCUACCAGUGCACUGUUUGUCCUAGAGGCUUCAACUCGGAGAUUAGUCUGCAGAACCACCUGUGGAGCCAUCUGUCGCGCAAGGUCUUGUCAGACACAGACCUUAACUCCAGGCUGAGGAGCCACAAGAAGGGAUCAGUGUUCUCGUCAAAUGGUGUGCUGCACACUAUCCGGGACCUGCCUCUGACUCACCCCUACUUGUGCCCCAUCUGUGGCCGCCAGAUCUCCACCAAGGGCAAUCUCAAGGUGCAUCUGGAAACUCAUCGACCCAAAGGGAAGUACGACUGCGACAUCUGUGGUAGAAUAUUUAAAACUCAGUCGAAUCUGUAUCGCCACAAGGAGUACCACGGUGGCGUGCAGUUCACGUGUGAGGUGUGUGCUCGUGUAUACCCCACCAAGAGUACACUGCGUGCUCACAGCAUCACACACAGUGACCUGCGGCCCCACCAGUGUCCUUUGUGCGACAAGACCUUCAAGCGCAACCAGGAUCUCAAGUUCCACAUCAAUCAGCACACAGGUGCCCGGCCGUACAAGUGUCCCUUCUGUCCCAAGGCGUUCGCUAGCUCGGGGAACUGCUUCUCCCACCGCAAGCGAAUGCAUCCUAGCGAGCUGGAGAAGUACAAAGAGAUGACCAAUGGUUAUGUCCAGUAACUGUGAUACCACUAUACUCCCAUCACAUUUUUUUACUCCCCUAGUGUUCGUCUUGUUUCUUGAAUAAUUAACUAUUCACAUGUUACUGAAUGUUCAAAUAAUGGAAACAUUUUGUUAAACACUACACUAUGUGGGUUGACAGUUUCAACCUUAAGUAAUACACAGAGUUUUAAUGAAACCGAUAUUCCUUUUUGUCGUAAAAGGUAUUCCAGAACCUAACCUGUAAACAUUUACAGCCCUUGAAUUUAGUAACCAAGUCUCUGCAUUGUUCAAGAUUCACAGUAGCUGAUACAGUAUUACUAGUACAUCGGUGAUGUUCACUAGUACAUCAGUGAUGUUUGAAAUGAGGUCCUAGAGACAGAGAUGUGUAUAGUGGCGAUGGAACCUGUCAUUAUCACACUUUAUAUUAAACUAUGUAGGAGCAGAACACUUGUGGUUUUGACACAGUCUAAUAAUGAGAUAUUAACAAACUCUUUACAUGCUUAUUUCCGUUACAGUCCAUAUUUACAUUUUUUACAAUUCUAUUGUUGCAAUAAAAAUAUUGCAAGUAUUACACGCGAGGGCAUUUUUUACAAUAAUGUGAUAAAGAUUUAGUAAUCGUUACAACCGUUGUUAUGAAAUAGAUUGUUGAAUGUUUUAGUUGACAAAUCCUCAUAUAUAUUUGCUCACUCACAACAGAUAACCAUGACACUUAGCCUUUGUUAUACCCGUAAUCAGCUAGCGACAACAAAACAGUAUUAUUGUGAUGAUAGUCAAGUGUUUCUAUAAGACUUAUAACAAUUUUAAAUGUAAAAUAUUUGAAGACAACAAAAUAUGGAACAGUUUCUUAACCUUGUAGUUGUAAAUUUAGUUGAUAUUAAUUAACGUAUUUUAACUAGUGUAGGUUUGUUUUUGUGUAUUUUACACUGUUUUGUUGGUAACUCAGGUAUAUAUUUUAUUUGUGUUUUUGUACUAUGGAUAGCGUAUCAGAGCGCUUGUGUAGUUUAUUUAGACAUCUAUUUAUCUGUAACUUUUCUAGUCUGCCAUUUAUUUAUACGAUUAUGAUUUGGUUAUUUUUAUAUUAUAUAUAAUUGGUGUUUAAGUUGUAAAAAACAGUGAUUCCCUGUGCCAUCAUAAGUGUUUUUAGUUUAUUUUUAUAUUUUAGUUUAUAUUUCUAUUUAUGACAGCCUUGAAAGCAAUGUAUAGUAUUUGGAAUGCCCCAUGUGGGAUGUUUGAAUUUCAUGUGCCAAUAUUGAAAUCUCAUGAAUUUAUAAUAAUUACAGUUAUUUCCUUUUAAAGCAAUAUUAUUUAUAUUUUGUUGAUUAUUUAAAUAUUACAAGUCAGGCCUACUGUCCUGAAGGGGACAGUAAGAACGAGACACUCACCGUACUUAAUUUGAGUUUAACUAUGUUAUUGCGUUAUAAUUAUUACAUUUAUUGUUAAUAGUUUUUCUUCUAAUCUUUUUUUUAAACAUCAUAAUCAAUUGUAACAAGACUUGUCUAUUAAUUUCUAAUUGUAAUUUAAUACCUGAAAAAUCAAAUCAUCUAGUUUUAGUUAUAUAAUAAAUGAGAAAUGUGGUAUGUAAUUAAUGUUUUAUUGAACAUAUAGUAUCAAUCUUUUUGUACUUAAAGUGCAGCUCCUUUGUAAAAGAAAAAAAUCAGCUCCUUAAUGUAUUUGUUUGUGAUAGUUUAACAAAUUGGAGAUUUAAAUUGGUACAUACCAACUAAAUUGGAGAUUACUAUUACAUUUCGUUACAUAAAAUCUUUGAUCUUUCUAUAAAAUAAAAUUGUAUGAAUAUAAAUAACUAGAGGCUGGAAUUCUGAUUUUUAUUUUAAAAUUGUAGUUUAGAUCGCUAUGAAGUCAUGGCAUUUGAAGUAACUAUGAAGUGGUGUUAGUCACCAUAGCAUUGAUGUCCGCAUUGAACAUAUUAUUACGGCAUAUAAUUUAAGAUUGUUAAUAUCAUUACCAGUUAUCUAAUACAGUACAUUAUUACAUUUUAUAUGUAGGCCAGUCGUAAGUCUUGUUAGAAUUGUAUUAUAAAUAAUUUUUAAAAUGUAAGAGUUUUGUAAAACCUUACUUUGCCACAUUUACUUUGGACUUUGUUAUAUUUGUUGUAAACUCAAAGUAAUGUCUGUAACAUCAAUAUGUUUUGUUAUUGUUAUUAUUUAUUAUAAUUUACUCAAGUGUGUGUUAAGUUGAGAUACACUGUCCUGAUUCUCGAUUUCAUUGUUCUUUUUACUAGAUUCCGAUUCUGGUACUUAUGCUUCUGUUCAAAUAUAUUGAUAACCAUUGGUUGUUAUUUUCAUUCUCUGUCUUAUAUGUUGAUGACUGGAAAUUUUUUAAUCUGAAAAAUGGUAACAAUCAGACCUGCUUAUCAAUUUUCUGCUUUGUAUUCUUGAUGGAAGUGAGUAGGUUUUAACGGAAAAGACAUUUUUCAAACAUUUAUCAAUUUUUAGGAUCGGUACUUUAAUAAAUAUGUGACUAUAUGGUAUCAAUGAAUUAACCUGUCCUAUUAAUAUGGCCAUUUUGAAGAGAAAAGAAUUACUGUGAUACAUUUUUUGUAAGAUUUGGUAAUAUUGAUUAACACAGUAAUUUCCCAAUAAUUGAACUAAGUUUGAUCAGGAUCUUUAUGAUUAUUUAAAUAGAAUUUUGUGAAAGAUAAGGCGCUAUGAUAGAUGUUCAACUAACAUGAAAAUGUUAUGUAAAACCCAUAUACCGCAGUGUAACAUGGAAAGAACUAAAUUACAACGGAAAAUGCAAACCAGCACAGCUUAAGGUGUCUAAGGUGUCAACAAAGAUGUUACGAACUGUUCUGUAAAAUGUGUAAUUCAACUUGGUACAACCAACCACUCUAUGAAUAAACAAGGAAAUUGAUUUGUUACAGUCACGUUAAAAAAAGACAAUAAAUGCGUAAUUUGUGUAAUUUUUAAAAAUUUUGCCUUUUUUGUAUUAGUUUUUAAAUAGCGUUAGGUAUUUGACACAAGCAAAACUCCAACAAAACACGAAUAAUUAUCAGCCGGGAUCAAAGAACCAACUAAUAACCUGUGUUGGCUGCAGAUUAUUUCUCUAGAAUUGAUAAAAUUAGUACCUUCACUGUGACUGUACUGAAUGAUGUCGACUACUCUCUAUCUUCUGUCUGUGCUGCAGUCAAUGUGUAAUAAAUCAAUUUGAAAAAAAUUAAUAAAUCUCUAAUUUUGUGAUGUGGCUACAUAAUAAAUAGCAAAUAAUGUAAAACAAAUCAUAAAUUUGAAAAUCCAUUUAAAAUUCAAAUUAAAAACGUUUAUUAAACAAAAAAUUUUGAACAAUUGAAAAGAAUUAGAAUCGAGAAUCUAGUAUAAAGAUAUGGAACCGGAACAGAAAUUUGUAAUGACUCAUACCUAUUAUUAUUAAUUAAAAUAGUUCUAUUUUAGUUUAAAGUUAUUGUUAUUUAGUAAUGUGAAAACAUGUUGAAAAUAUUCAUGGCCAAGUGCAACAAUGUCAAAGUCUUAGUGAGAUAAAUUUAUUUAUAAAAAUCCUUUAAUUAAUUCUUGAAUAAUUAUAUUGGAAAUAUUUUGAAAGCAAUUUUGUAUGAUUAUUUGUAUGUAUACGUUUUUAAGAGGUAGGGUAUUUAAUGGUUGAUUCACUAUAUUUAUGAUGGCAGAAACUUUUACAAUCAUGGCGUGACAGUGAGUCACAGAUCCACAGGGAUACAUAAGUCUGAACGUUUAGUCUGUACCUAGUCGUAGAGCGUGUGGUAACUCCCUGUAGCUGUAGUGUACACUAGCAUAACAAAGCAUUAUUACCGAUAGGAUUGAUCUUGAGUAUUUUUAUGGGAAAUACGUAAAAUGGUUAAAUCGGCUUAAUUUUCUAGUCAGUCACCGUUCUAGUCUUUCAAGAUCUUUUGUUGUUUGUAGUAACUGGAAUUAUUUAUAACUGUUAUAUCGGAAGUAAUCUUCUGAGCACUGUUUUCCCAGACAACAUCGCCAAAUUUGUUAUUCCACGAAAUGCAUUGUAACAAAUUAUAGUGUUAGUUGCAUUAGUAAACAGAUGUGCAUUUUGUGGGUUGACAAACUACUUUACCUUUCCGAUUUAUUUGGAAAAUAAGAGUGGAGUAUUGUAAUAUGGUAGCAAUUAGAAUUCUCAGAAAAAUAAAUUUGGAAAGGGCUUUUAAUUAAGGAAUUAUCUUUACCAAUCAUAUUUUAUGUUCACCUGUUUUGUUUGCUUUAUGCCAAAGCAAGAAAUAGCCAGAAAGGGUUGGUGUCAGUGGAAGCUGAUGUUAGAGCUAUGACUGAAUCUUUCUAUGAUGGUUUUAGCCACUGUUAAUUCAUCAUUAUUUUACUACCAUUUUCAAAAAGUCUCAUAGAAUACUGACAUGAUUUUUCCAUUAGAUUUGUACAACAAGGAGUCUCAUAGAGUUGUCAGCAAGAAAAAUUAUUAUUUUUAUUUACUUUGUGUACUAUUUAUAGUAUAUCAAAUUGUUAUGAAAAGAACAUAAUAUUUUCAGUAUUUAAUUAGCAAUAAACUAAGAGCAAUUUGUUUAAAAUAAUUAAUUUUUAAUUUAAUUAUUAAUUUUUUUAGUACAUUUAAUUUACAAUUUUAACAACAAUAACUUGUAAAGUUACAUUUCAAGGUAAAAAUUGCAGUAAUUCAAAAGCUUAUUGUUUGUUUACCUAUAUUGUUCAAUACUACAAUAUUGUAAACAUUUUUAAGUUAUUAUUAUAUUAUUUUCUAUUCAGGAAAACUAAUUAAAAUCAAAAUAUAAAUAAAACUAACUAUAACUAAUAAAUGUAAUGAUUCCAAGAUUUGUUCAAUUUAAAUGUCUGUGUUACAAAUGAAAUAACAGUUACGUAUUCUAUUUAUUAAAAAAAAUAUUUAUUAUGAACUUCUACGAAAUCUAACAUAAUAAGAAAAAGAACAAAUAACAAAAAGUUAAAUCUUUUUCUGACUUGCAGGUAAAAAUUUGAUGAGGAUAUAAAUUUUUAGAGUUUUUAAUAACAUCCAUCCUGGUGAAUAUAUUAAGAUGUAAUUACAUUAAAGUAGUAUUUUAAAGCUACUUUAGACAGGUGUCACAACAAACUUUGCUUUUGCUUUUCUUCUCUCCAAUUAUUAAACACAGAUACAAGUAACACCAUACACGUUGAACCGACCUCGUAAAAGGAAAAAUGUACAUUUCAGCAAACUGACAUUAGAUCUUUUCUUGGCUAUUGAUUUAUUGUUUUCUCAAAAACCAGCAUAAUUAUUACGGUUAGUCUGAAAUUAUUUUGAUCUGAGCAAGUUUUAUUAAAAAUUAGUUUUGCUUAGACAGCCAUAUGAAGAAAAAUUGUAUUCAAAUAUAUUAUUUUGUAAUUAAAUAAGUAUUGCAUUUCUUUAUAGAAGGCUCAAGAUUUGACACGAUAAGAACAUGUCGAUGUGCACUGAUUUGUAAUACAAACCAGGGAGAGAUUAAUUUUUGUAUUUAUAAUCGGUGCCUUAGAAUUUAUCUUUGCUUGAGGAACAGUGUUCAGAAGGUAACAGCUUUUUACAAUGUUGUUUAUUUUACAUCACAUGUGUUAUAUUUAAGGCCUUCAAGACGUGCCUGCACGAGCCAAUCACAUACAGUUGUGUAAUAGUAGCCGAGAAACUGGGUUUCAUUUCACAGUCGCCUUACAGUUUUGUUACAGAUAUACCAUUGUACAUAUAUUGUAUUGUAUUGUACUGCCACACUGAGCUCCAGUGUGAAGAUAUAUUUAUUAUAGCAACAGCACUUUUAUAGCGAGUAUUUGUGUGUAUUUUUAGACAGUAUCAGUUCAAGUGCCAUCCGUUAGUAGAAGUCAGAAUGUGCAGACACAUUUUUGUGCAUUUAUUAUUUGAGAAGUUUUCAUGUGCUAUUUAGUACUAAUUUUCAUACUAUGUACACGUGAAGGCAGUUCUCUUUGUAAAUACAAAUAUGUCUUCGCUACUAAGUCAAAAUUGUUUCUAAACACUCAUGAAAUUUCAUAAACCUCAAAACAAUUAAACAACAGAUUAAAAAACUAUCUGUCUUUGCAUUUUUUUUUCUUCAUUAAAACAAAUAAUGAUCUUACAUUUACCUAAACACAAACGCCAACCAUUUUUAUUAGAGAGUUGUUAAGUUAAUUUACGCAAUAUAAACUGUAACAAAAUGUUAAAUGUGCCAGUAGAACAUGCGUGUGAUAGUGUAAGUGAAUAUCUAACACCAGGGUGAAUUUCUAAAUCAAAUCAAAAAUUAUUCUUUUGUUUGGAUAAUGAACAUGAAUCUAAAACUGUUCCCAAAAUAUUUAUUAAAUGAAAACUUGUCAUCUAUGAAAAUUUUAACAACACACAUAAUUGAACUCUGGAUUUAUCGAAAAAGAUAACUGUGAAAACAGAACAUUCUGGGAGUGAAAAUUUAAAACCAGCUAAACAGAUCCAAGAAAGCGAUAAAAUCAAAUAAAUUAUGGGUUGAAUUCCAAUAAAUCGUUAAUUUUUAUUAUAUCAAGAUUUAACCUCAACUGCUAAAAAUAAAAAAAUCCAAAACCAAUCUUUAAAAAAUUUCUUAAGUCCUAAUAUCAAAUUAGAGAAUGAAUGGUGUUAUCUUUUUCCCUUUAAAAGAUUAUACAAUAUUCAAUUCCUUAUUUAAAACCAUUAUAUUAAAUGAUGUCCUUUGUCCAAAAUGUCUUCAAAAAUUCCUUUUUGGGGGAAAUCUAACAAAAAGAAUAGUAGUGAACGUUAUACUCCAAUUUUAUAGGCAAAGAUGAUAUUUAUGAGGUCUGUUAGAAAAAGUACCUGACCUGUUUUUGCAAAAACCGUGAUGGAUAUGAAUCAAGUGGGUGUAUGCGUGAGCUGGCCUUGAACCUUAGUGCACAUGUGCGAAUUUCAUCCAGUCUGUGGGUAGGGUCAGUUUGUAUGAGUUAGUAGUGAGUGAUCUUGUCAUUUUAAUAUUAUUUUAACAGUAAAUUUUUGUACUAUGAAUUUUCCACCAGCUUUCUUAAUCAAAGGUGUUUUAUAGACUAUUUUUACACAUUGAAAACAAUAAAAUUUUUGCUUGCCAGAUAACUUCACCAAUAGUUUAUAAUUAAAUUAGUUAUUUAUAAGAUCACUUGUUCAGACUGAGUCUAAAAGAAUUUACUUUACGGUGUACGGAGUAUUUUCAUUUAAGUUUUAAAACUUCAUUUGUAUUAGGUAGUGUUUUGAAGGAAAAGCUAACUAGUGCCAAUCAAGAAUGGGUCUGUGCGUUCUGUGUACUGUAAUAACAUACAGUAGUGUGUGUGUGCUGUCCACCAGUCAGUGGUAUACAUAUUUAAUAAAGAUAUGUUUUACACA